AUGGCAUCUUCACAAGAAUUCACCGAUGAACAGCUAAACUAUUACAGAAUUUGUUAUCUAACUACUGACAUACUAGCGGAGGGUCUGAGAGAAAUAUUUAAACAAGAAUGGGACAAACUAUACAAAUCAGCAAAAGGAGAAUGGAAAGACGAGCCUCGUAAUGGAAUGGACUUUUAUAACGGAGAGUCUCCCCGAAAUAAAAAAAGAAACGCUCAUCUUUUGGCCACUAUGAAAAACGGAAACAGAGGGGAAUGGGAUUGUACAAUGCUGUUUUACGCCAUCCUUUUCUCUGAUUGCGUCGGGCUGCGUCUUAGCGCAAUAGUCAGUAAAAAAGUGGAUGAUCUAAGAAAUUUCAGGAACAAAGAAUUCGCUCACAUGCCACAAGGUCGUCUCUCUGAGACAGAUUUUCAGAAUGCUAUUAGCAAAGUUGAUGUUGCGUUUCAAGCACUUAGUCUUCCCGCUGUAAAAAUUCAAGACCUAAAAUAUCAGAAAUCGUUUCCAACAAAAGAUUUAACAAAGAUCCUGAAAGAAGUUGAUAAUCUGAAACAAGAAGUUCAGGUCCUUGAGGAUCAGCUCCAAAACGAAGCACCUUCAUUCUGUGUUCUCCCUCCUAAACCUUCACAUGAAAUCGGUGGUCGUGAAAGUGAAGUAGCCAAAAUAGUCCAACAGCUGAGGGAACUAAAUGAGUCCAGUGACAACAGGUUGAGUUAUUUAUACAUCUCAGGGAAUCCUGGAAGCGGCAAAUCACAGCUAGCUGGUCUCGUAGCUAAGAGAUUCUACGACAAAGUGAAAGAAAUGCCAGGUGGGUCUUCCUUUGCAAUGACCUUAAAUGCUACAAGUCCAGAUUCACUUCUGGUUUCGUACACCUCAUUGGCCCGCCAUUUAAAAUGCCCAGACUAUUCAGUCAUAAAAAUACUCGAGUCAAAAGACUGGAAUGUGGAGAAAAAGAUCACUACUCUUACGUCGCUUAUUGCGGAAAAAAUUGGCUGCUACACUUCGUGGUUACUAGUAGUUGACAACGUCACUAACAUGGCAUCUGUGCAAGACCUUCUACCACAGUUCACAACAAAUGCUUGGGACAGGGGCCAGUUGCUGAUUACGGCCCAGGAAACAAUGUCAAUUCCCUCAAAAGGCUCGUUCGUUAAUCACAUCUCAAUAAGCAAAGGUAUGGAGCCCAAUGACGCCCGUUCAUUAUUGUCCAAGCUUUCUGGUAUACCAGAUAGCGAGCUGGUAGGAACAGUAGCACAAAGACUGGAUUAUCAGCCACUUGCUUUAGCAGGCGCUGCCGUCUUUGUUAAAGAGAUUCGGCGGGACAGGGUAUCGACGCAUUUUGGGUGGGAGGAAUACCUAAAGAUCUUACAAAAAGGCAAAAGACAGAAAACGGAGGAUACACUUGUUGACACCAAUCCAAUUUAUCCAAAUUCAAUGACCAAAGCAAUAACGUUAGCCGUCGAAACACUGAUGAGAUCCGACAAAUUUCAAAAACACCUUUUCACUUUUCUUGCCCUCUGCGCUCCAAGGCCAUUGAACGUCGACGUAGUAGUUAGUUACGUCAUGAACGCACAUGAAGAGUUUGAUGAAGCGGACAAAGAAUUAAUUCGCAUGAGAUUAAAAAGAAGCUCACUUCUGCUGUUCGAAGAUGACGAGGGUGGCUGUUUUAUUCGACUUCACCAGGUUGUGCAUGAUGCUAUACAAACUGUAGCAAAAGAGUGUGCAGAAAGCCAAACCGAUGAGGUCGUUAGUGGGGUCAUUACAUCAUUUAACGAAUUUAUCGUCGCAACUCCUCCAGAGAAUGAGCGACUAAACACCAGACACAUCGCUCCACAUUUGAAAGCUUUAACUACAGUAACUGACAAAGUGUUUUUGCGAGAUAAUUUCUUUCAAGUUCAUGGUAAGGAGAUUUCCGAAAAAUGCGAAAACUUUGGACAUAUUUGUCAAAUGCACUGUGAAUUUGAAGGAGCCAAAACAUAUUUUGAAUAUUCACUUACUUUUAAGCUUCAAGAGCUCGGCCCGAAACAUGUUGAUGUUGCAACAAGCUACACGAAUUUAGCUUCAAUUUACAUUGCUUUAGGUGACUUCGAGCAAGCCAAGGAGUAUCAGCAACGUGCUCUUGACAUCCAACUGGACAAGCUCGGCCCGGAACAUGUUGAUGUUGCAACAAGCUACACGAAUUUAGCUUCCAUUUACAAGAAAUUAGGUGACUUUCAGCAAGCCAAGGAGUAUCAGCAAUGUGCUUUUGACAUCCAACUGGACAAGCUCGGCCCGAAACAUGUCGAUGUUGCAACAAGCUACACGAAUUUAGCUUCCAUUUACAAGAAAUUAGGUGACUUUGAGCAAGCCAAGGAGUAUCAGCAACGUGCUCUGGACAUUGAUCUGGACACGCUCGGCCCGGAACAUGUUGAUGUUGCAGCAAGCUACGAAAACUUAGCUUCCAUUCACCUGCAUUUAGGUGACUUUCAGCAAGCCAAGGAGUAUCAGCAACGUGCUCUGGACAUUGACCUGGAAAAGCUCGGCCCGGAACAUGUUAAUGUGGCAACAAGCUACACGAAUUUAGCUUCAAUUUACAUUGAUUUAGGUGACUUUGAGCAAGCCAAAGCGUAUCAGCAACGUGCCCUGGACAUCCAAUUGGAAAAACUGGGCCCGGAACAUGUUUAUGUUGCGACAAGCUACCAUAACUUAGCUUUGAUUUACAAGCAUUUAGGUGAAUUUAAGGAUGCCAAGGAGUAUCAUCAACGUGCUCUGGACAUUAACCUGGAAAAGCUCGGCCCGGAACAUGUUAAUGUGGCAAAAAGCUACGAUAACUUAGUUUCGAUUUACAAGCAUUUAGGUGACUUUGAACAAGCCAAGGAGUAUCAGCAACGUGCUCUAGACAUCGAUUUGGACAAGCUCGGCCCGGAACAUAAUAAGGUUGCAAUAGACUACCGUAACUUGGCUUUGAUUUAUCAUGAUGUAGGUGACUUGGAACAAGCCAAAGAGUACCAGGAACGUGCUCUGGCCAUUAGUGCAGACAAGCACCGGCUCAGCAAAACACCAAAUAAGGUACAUGAAGGACUGCCAACAGAAAGAUUUUACGCAGUCUUUAGAUUUAUCGCGUUGGUGUUGUGUUAAAACUUUAAAGGCUGAAUUUUUUGGGUUUUUUUUUUCACAGCAACAUAAGUUGCGUCUGAAACUGCGAGGAUCUUCUUUGCAUUGUUUCUUCCGCAGUUCCAAUCUAUGAAAUUCAUAUCAUUCUUUAAAAUAAUUUUAAUUUGUUAAACUCGAGAACGUUUUACAUAAUUAUAUUAAUUAUGGAAUCGAUAUUUGGGACGUUGGUAAGACAUCUCUUAAUUCAGUUUCUUCUAUUAAAAAAAUACCUAUUAGUCCUUGCAGAUUACUCAUGAAGCUGAAAGGCAUUUAUUACAAUCCAAGAAAGAUGGCUAUGAUGGUGAGGAUGAUGAUAAAGACAGUAGUAAGGAAGAAGGUAAAGCAAAAGUCAUUGGUAAGUUAAAAAUGUCUUCUCCGGCUGUUAACUUUUAA